UCAACAUGGCGGUACAAGGCGGAUAACGUCUCAUACGUUGCCGUAAACUGCCGUGCUCAGAGAAUAUAUACAGGCCAUUAUGCGGAGUGUGUGUGCAAAGACAGGACAAUGGCUGCACAUCCUCAUAAACGAACGCAGAGAGAUUCCUACGUGUUUUGCCAGCUUGAUGCCGUAUACCGCGACAUGCUGCAGCCGUUGACCAACCUUGAAGUCCUUGACCUUGCUCACAAUCAUCUCUUCCGUAUUCCUCCGCACUGUUUCGAUGACAUGACGAAGAUGAAGCUGCUUUCUCUCAGUAACAACCAGAUCGAGCACUUCUUUGACGGGCUACUAUGUGAUGUGUCCAGCCUGGAGGUUCUUCUCCUUCAAGAUCUACCUCUCACCUCUUUCCCCGCGAACCUGUUUGAAUGUGGCUCGGAUUUCCAGUCGAGUUUAAAAAUCAUUGAUAUCAGUCAUUCGAAAAUAUCCACACUUAAGAAAGGAGACUUUCAGUCACUAAAACAUCUUGGUCUUCUUGACCUUUCAUACAACAACCUAGACACGCUUCCAGAAGAGCCGUUCCUUGGGCUGUCAUCUCUUCAGACUCUUGAUAUGUCAGGAAAUAGUUUUAUUGAACUGCCCACAACCCUCUGUGUCGGCGACUUGUUCAACCUCCAGGAACUACAUCUCCAGGGUAACGCAAUCAGUUACAUUGCACCCCAUUGGUUUAUAAACAUGACAGAACUUCAAAUCAUAGAUAUGAGCAAGAACAAACUAUCCAUCAUCAGCGAUGGCUUAUUUUCAACACUUCCGAAACUCGAGGAGCUAAGCCUAAAGGGAAAUGGUCUGACUAUUGACUCUGCAAAGGAUCUGUUUCAUGAGUCCAGGCUGAUGCGCAGACUGGACCUCAGUGAGAACAACAUCAGGAACAUUGAUAAUCUAUUGGAUGGAACCUCGAUGAGACACGUGGAACAUCUUGAUCUCUCUUUCAACAACAUCUCAGCUAUCCGGGCACCUUUAAACAAAAGGAAUGAAUCUGUUUCUCUGAAGUGGCUCAAUCUUGAAUCAUGUGGCAUUGAAUCUGUGGUUCGUGAUGCCUUCGUCCAUAUGGAGGUUCUGGAAUACGUCAAGCUUGUGAAUAAUUCCAUCACGUUCGUGCCAUUGUUUGAUGCUCGCCUCGGUGCCAUGUUUUUCUUCAGAGGGAACCCUAUCAUCUGUUCGUGUGGGAUGGUGUGGCUGGAGGAACGCUGGCUUGACACAGAUACCGUAGACAAGAUGUCGACGUAUGACUAUGAUGUUGACGUGUGCAGGACCUACCCGUCCAUGAUGGUCAAACCGAUCAGACAUUUGUCCGAUCGGGAAUUCAUGUGUCCGGUUCCAUCCAACUGCCCUCCUGAAUGUGACUGUUUCGUUCUCAAGGAAGGAGGAUCUGUAUAUAUUACGGUGUGUAGAAACAACUUGACUGACAUUCCACAAAACCUGCCACACGAUUCGGAAUAUUUGUAUCUUGAUGGCAACAACUUUCACACCGUACAAAGAAUUUCAAAGGGGUUCCACUAUACUGAAAAUGUGUUUCUUAACAACAGUGGCGUUGUGUCGUUUGGGGAGGAUGUGUUUAAAGACUUCAGCCAUGUCUUCGUCAUCGACAUAAGCUUUAACGACUUAAAAUCAUUGCCAACUUCCAUAUUUCAAGGACUGAAGUAUCUGAAAGACAUUAAUCUGAAACACAAUCAUUUGACACACAUCAGUGAAGGACUUUUGAAAAAUGUUCCGCACUCCAAAACAUAGACAUAAGCGACAAUAACAUUCACCACAUUCUUCCAGAGACGUUGCAUGACCUAGAUCAUCUCGACACAUUACGCUGGAUUAAAAUAGCCGGUAACCCUUUAAUCUGUUCUUGUCCGAAUCAGGAGUUCCGCCU